AUGUCAACAUCCGACCCACCACCCCCCUACACCGAGAGCGCCAUCUCGAACAAUCCCACACACAGAGCCAGAAAUGGGAUUCCCCCUCAAAGUCGUCGUUCCAUGGAAGACGAAGCUCGUUCACUACCCGACGGCUGGAUCCGCCAAUUCGACCCAGAAACCAACCAUCAAUUCUUCGUGGACACGACCCAAAACCCCCCUCGAUCAAUUUGGCGCCAUCCUUAUGACGAUGAACAAUACAUGAACAGUCUAAGUCCCAUCGAACGCCGACAAAUCCAAGGAGUCCACCGCGUACCCAGCAACGCAGACCUCGAAGCCGAAAGCGCAGAUGAGGAAUCCUCUCAUCCCAAACAACCCCCUACACAACACGCCAAUAACACUGAAGAAGCACCCACCGGAAUCCACAAAUUUGGACGAAAAAUGAAAGAUAAACUCACGAAUUCCACACACACCGAACGGGAAGCCCGUCGUCAUCAACGCGCGGAAGAAGAAGCCGCUGCGUAUCGUCGUCAUCAAGCUAUCCGCGAAGCGAUGAGUCGCGCGAUUCGCACAGGCGAACCCCAACUCAUUGGUAAAGAUCGCAAUGGGAAGGAUGUUUAUAUCGAGCCGCCUUCGUAUUCGCAGUCGCAGUCACCUUUUAUGGGUGCGGGUGCUGGUGCAGCGGGGAGGACGAUGUAUCCCGGGGGUGGAUAUGGAUUUAAUCCGUUUGUGGCGGGGCCGCAGGGUCCGUUUGGUAUGAGUCCGUAUGGGUAUGGGAGUAUGUAUAGGAGGCCGUUGACGCCGUAUAAUCGGGGGUAUUAUGAUGGGUAUGGGGGUGGGGCGGGAUUGCCGUUGGCGAUGGGGUUAGGUGGGGGGUUGAUGUUGGGGGGUUUGAUGUUUUAG